GGGGGGCGGGCCGGCACCCCGCGCUCCCCUGCCUGCCCGGGCCCAGGGGCUGGGAGAUCGGGGUGAGCGCGGCGCUGGCAGGAAGGGGGACCGAUCGCUGUUGUGAGUCCAACACCCGCUGCUCCAGACUUUUCUUCCAGCUGUGAACUCUCCGUCGUGGCACCUCAUGAUGCUUCUCCUGCGGAGUGUGUGAUGAGGAGCGGCGUGCGGCUGUGGAGUUCUCGGAAGCAGCGGCGUUGCUGGGGACGCGGAGCCCAGCGCUGACCACUGGAGAGCCCCCACACGAUGAACAAACUGAACUUCCACAACAACCGAGUCAUGCAAGACCGCCGGAGUGUGUGCAUUUUCCUUCCCAACGACGAGUCUCUGAACAUCAUCAUAAAUGUUAAAAUUCUGUGUCACCAGUUGCUGGUCCAGGUGUGUGACCUACUCAGGCUAAAGGACUGUCACCUGUUUGGACUCAGUGUUAUACAGAAUAAUGAGCAUGUGUAUAUGGAGCUGUCACAGAAGCUUUGUAAGUAUUGUCCGAAAGAAUGGAAGAAAGAGGCCAGCAAGGUACGACCAUACGAAGUCUCUUGGGGAAUUGACCAGUUUGGACCUCCUAUGAUUAUCCACUUCCGAGUACAGUACUAUGUGGAAAACGGCAGACUGAUCAGUGACAGAGCAGCAAGAUUCUAUUAUUACUGGCACCUGAGAAAACAAGUGCUCCAUUCUCAGUGUGUGCUCCGCGAGGAGGCCUACUUCCUGCUGGCAGCCUUCGCCCUGCAGGCUGACCUUGGGAACUUCAAAAGGAAUAAGCACUUUGGAAAAUACUUCGAGCCCGAGGCUUACUUCCCAUCUUGGGUUGUUGCCAAGAGGGGGAAGGACUACAUCCUGAAGCACAUCCCAAACAUGCAUAAAGAUCAGUUUGCACUGACCGCUUCCGAGGCUCAUCUGAAAUACAUCAAAGAGGCCGUCCGGCUGGACGACGUGGCCGUUCACUACUACAGGCUGUAUAAGGAUAAAAGGGAGAUUGAAGCGUCCCUGACCCUCGGGCUAACCAUGCGGGGAAUACAGAUUUUCCAGAAUUUAGAUGAAGAGAAACAAUUACUUUAUGACUUCCCCUGGACAAAUGUUGGAAAGCUGGUAUUUGUGGGUAAGAAAUUUGAGAUUUUGCCAGAUGGCCUGCCCUCAGCCAGGAAGCUCAUCUACUACACGGGGUGCCCCCUGCGCUCCAGGCACCUCCUGCAGCUGCUGAGCAACAGCCACCGCCUCUACAUGAACCUGCAGCCCAUCCUGCGCCACAUCCGGAAGCUGGAGGAAAACGAAGAGAAGAAGCAGUACCGGGAAUCCUACAUCACUGACAACCUGGACCUUGACAUGGACCAGCUGGAGGAGCGGUCCCGGGCCAGCGGGAGCAGCGCGGGCAGCAUCAAGCAUAAGCGCCUGUCUCGUCACUCCACCGCCAGCCACAGCAGUUCCCACACCUCGGGCAUCGAGGCGGACACCAAGCCCCGGGACCCGGGGCCGGAGGACAGCUACUCGGGCAGCGCCAUCCACCGCAAGCUGAAGACCUGCAGCUCCAUGACCAGCCAUGGCAGCUCCCACACCUCAGGGGUGGAGAGUGGCGGCAAGGACCGGCUGGAAGAGGACUCGCAGGAUGAUGAAAUAGAGAUGUUGGUUGAUGACCCCAGGGACCUGGAGCAGCUGAACGAAGACUCUCUGGAGGUCAGCCCAGACAUGUGCAUCUACAUCACGGAGGACAUGCUCCUGUCGAGGAAGCUCAAUGGACACUCUGGGUUGAUUGUGAAAGAAAUCGGUUCUUCCACCUCCAGUUCCUCCGAAACAGUUGUCAAACUUCGUGGCCAGAGCACCGAUUCUCUCCCACAGCUGUUUCGGACUUCCCUUGUUUUGCAGACGAUCUGUCGAAAACCAAAGACUUCCACGGACCGGCACAGCUUGAGCCUCGAUGACAUCAGGCUUUACCAGAAAGACUUCUUGCGCAUCGCCGGCCUGUGUCAAGACACGGCGCAGAGCUACACCUUUGGCUGCGGCCACGAGCUGGACGAGGAAGGCCUCUACUGCAACAGCUGCCUGGCCCAGCAGUGCGUCAACAUCCAGGACGCCUUCCCCGCCAAAAGAACCAGCAAAUACUUUUCUCUGGACCUCACUCACGAUGAAGUUCCAGAGUUUGUUGUAUAAAGAGCGUCUGCGAGCAGCUCUGCAGCGGCCCGCCGUCCCCCGGGGGCCGUGAAAGCCAUGAGUUCCCUCCUGUUUCUCGCGCCAUAGGUCCCUCCCCCAGAACACAGCCCUCGCUUUAUAUUUGCAACGGGAACAAAGCCUCGGGACAACUGCACUUUAAGCGUCACACAGACGCGAAAGGGAAUGUACAGCAAGAUAAGUGCCUGGAGUGCAGGAUCCUUCGGGAGGAGAUGUGCUUUUCUGGUUUACCACGCCUUCAGGACGUUGAACCGCGGUGUGUUUGCCCACCGUUCUGUCCUUUUAGUUCCAUCACAGGGAAUAGCAUCAUGGUUUUUAUCAUGGGGAUGGCGUUAGGUGUUUGUGUGCCUGUACAUUUUUUUUUUUUUUUUUUUUAUCACUCCCUCAUGAAAUGCCCAUGUUUUGAGGGAGGAGAAAAGAGUCUCCGUUUUUUCUGGAGAGACUGUGGCCUAGCCCACACUCAUCGCCGCCUCCCUGGGGCUGUCCCAGCGUGAACACCGGCGAAGCAGUCAAGAUCAGUGCGUCUAGCAAGCCAAAGAGAUGUACCCGACGGAAGUGCAGGCCGGGGAGGACCGGCAGGUGAGCGAAGCGGUACCUGAAGACUGACUGCGUGCUGCGUGCGGCGCCUAUGACUCCUCCGUGCCCAGUGCCACGCCCCCCCCCCCCUGCCUUCCAGAAAGGAACGGAGCAGCUGUGUUCAUGUCACAGUGUAUUCUGUAGAGUUUCCAACUCUGUUUUCUGUUAAAACUACGAAAACGUCUUAGAAAAUGUUCGUGCUUAGUGUUCGUUUUUUUAAAUAAACCAAGAACAAAUUAUGGGAAUGCUAGUUUCUGCUUCACCAGAACCGCCCUAACUCUCCCCAGAUGUUAGUAUACAUAUAUAAAUACAUGAGAUGGUGCGUGUUUUUUAUGUGCGUAAAGCUUCCGUGGCUGUCUUACGUUACGUGGCCGGUCUUGUUGAACAGGGAGGAUGCGUUGUUGAAUGAAUGAUACCUACAGACAAUCCGUUGACUCAUGUAGUUUAAAAUGACUAUUUCUCAUGUGUCUUUUGCCGUGAUCCUCAACCCUGGUUGCAUAAUAGAAUUAUUUGGAGAGGUUUUUUUUAAAAAAAAUGCCUGGGUCCCACCUCCAGUGAAUUCAAUUAGACCCAGGCGGACUGCCUUUUCCUGAAAAGUUCUCCAAAGGGAGCCCGUAUCAGCAGAGCUGAAAACCACGGAUCCAGAGGAUGUCUUUUUAAUGUUGACAUAAAAGCAUCCAGAAUACGUUAGUGUUUGAGAAAGGGCCAUUUCAAAGACAGUUUCUGCCACUGCCCUUAGGGGAUAGAAGGAAACCGAGUCUAGGGAAUGAACUCAGUAAUGGCCUUGCUCGCUCUUGACGAGAGAACUUUAGCACAGUGUCUUUCUAGGAGAUGUUUUUAAUGAUUUCAUAUUUAAAGCAUUUGUUUACCAUAUUUUGAUAUACCAUUUUUCUACCUACCAGGUUUUAUUAAAAAAAAAGAAGAAGAAGAAGAAGAAGCGACACUAUUAUUUUUAAAGAAACAGUCAUAUUUUUAUACAAAGUUAAGUUUUCAGGUAACAAAGAUAUAGACUUAGGAGACGGCAGAACACGCAGUGUUUGUUACCCAUCGAUGGGAGUCAGUAUUACAGACACACACGGGCGCACACAAGCCUGGUCAAGUCAGUCUAACUUGACACUUCAGAAGAAAAAGGAGAAAUUCUGUGGAGUUCUAGAGUCAUGGAAUCAUUGUACUUUUAUCCAGUGUUUUGAAAGAACCAAAGUUUCAGAUAUCAGAAUGUAUAAAAGUAUCUCAGCCUCUGUAUAAAAGGGUGAAGGUGCAAAAGGAUCAUCCAGUGACUGUUUUUCUUAGACACCAUCACGAAUUCACCGUUUCCUGUGGAUGCGGGAGGGACAGGUCCUGGGGAAGUUGGACUGGAAAGAGCCCCGGUCACUACAUGCCGUGUUUCCUCAGCUCUCAGUGUUUCUUGCAAAGAUCAAGGAAAAAAACAAAAAACAUAAAUGUAUUUACUAGGUAGCGCUUUUUACUUUAUUUUCUCUCAGCUUCCAGCUGAGCCACGUCUUCAGGGUUUUGCCAGCACAGUUGGUGGUUUUGCACACCUUCUUUCUCAUUGGAUUGAUGCCUCACCUUGUAGGUUUUCAAGAAUGAAACAUGCUGAGGACACUUUUGUUUUGUGAUCCACUGUUUGCAGCAGAAUUAUAUAUAUGUGUAUAUGGAAAUCCAUUUUGAAUACCUACAUUUUUGUAUUUGGAAAUUGUUUUAAAAAAAAACAAACAAAAAAAAGUAUAAAGCUGUUAUUUAUUCUGCAUUUGUUAAUGUCCAUUGCUGAGUUCGUGUACUGAUUUGGUAUGCACUGCUUCUGCAUUUGUAUUUGCAACAGUGAGCUUUCUAUCUGCACAAAUUGUAAAGAAUCCUUUCUGUGAAAGGAUCGACAUAGCGGGAUGAUACCAAAAGAGUGUAAAAAAACAAACUGCAUUAUUUUGUAAUUAUUCUUUUAGGCAUUUCAUGGUAAGAUCAACAUCAAUAAAGUUACUUUUUAUUUGUC